CGCGCGCUCAGAGGGAGACCGGCCACUGCCCGCGCCGCUGCCUCCGGUUGUAGGGCCAAGCCUCGCCGGACUGCCCCGCCCCGGAUCCGGACUCCACGAGUAGCUCUUGGCGCGCGGUUCACGCGCCCCGGGCUCGAACCUGGGACGUGCACAUGAGAGCUCGGCCGUAGUGUGGGUCCAGGCCCGGCGGCGACAUGGGGAAAUUUCAGUCUAAGCAUGCCGCAGCCGCCUGCAAGAGGAGAGAGAGCCCCGAAGGGGACAGCUUCGUGGUGUCUGCAUACGCGAGCGGCCGCAAAGGAACGGAAGAGACCGAACGGCGCUCAGGCGGCGGCGUGGAACAUCGGGCACGGGACAAGCAGGAGCUGUCAAAUGGUGACCCCAAGGAUGGGCCUUUCUGGGAGGACAAGGGCUCCCUGGAAGUUGUGCUGCCCCCUGAGAAGUCUGAGGGCCACGAGGGCCAAGGACAGCCCUUCAGCAUAGAUGAUGGGGAGAAAGCAGCAGGCCGGGAGGGCCCGCUAAGACUCAGCAAGAAGCACUUGAACAUUGACACCCUCCAAUGUGAUGUCUCCGUGGAAGAAGACAACCGCCAAGAGUGGACAUUCACACUGUAUGACUUUGACAACAGUGGGAAAGUCACCAGAGAGGACAUGUCCAGCCUGAUGCACACCAUCUAUGAGGUUGUCGACGCCUCUGUCAAUCACUCCUCGAGCAGCAGCAAGACUCUCCGAGUGAAGCUAAGUGUCAGUCCUGAACCCUCCAGCAAGAGGAAGGAAUGUCCUCCCACUGGCCAAGACCGGGAGCCAGCUCGUGGCAGAACAGAGAGUGAGCUCACAGAGGACUCCCGGGUGGCUGACAGAAGGCUGUCUGCCUACAGCAGGAAGCCCAAUGCUGAUCCCCAGCCCUGCUCUGUGCGAGUGCCCUACUGUGUGGAUGAGAACACAGAGCGCAGAAACCACUACCUAGACCUUGCUGGCAUCGAGAACUAUACAUCUAAGUUUGGUCCUGGGUCACCACCUGAACAGGCCAGGCAAGAACAUCAUGGCAGGGCCACACACAUUCCAAGCAGGUCCCGAUCACAGGAGUCGGAUGCUCACGCUAUAUACCACCGCAGGUCCCAGGUCCUGGCUGACCAUGUCGUACCAACUAAUGAGCCUGCUGCCCGGGCUCUGGUUGUGCAGCCCCGGCUCAAGGGGCAGGAGAAGCAGUUCCUCAGGUCUCCCAAAGGUUCAGGAAAACCUCUCGGGGCACCAGGCAACAGCAAGCCAGGGAAAGCACUCAGCUAUGGCCUGCAGGCUGUGCCACUGUCCCAGAGUGCUCAGGAUGGCCACCACCUUCCGCAGCCCCCGCCACAGCCCCCACCACAGCCCUAUGGUCACAAGCGGUACCGACAGAAGGGCCGAGAAGGCCACUCACCACUCAAGGGGCAUGGCCAGCCUACCAUGGUGGAGCAUGAAGUGGUACGGGACAUGCCUCCCAUGCUGGGGCCCGAGGGCUACGUGGUGCCUGUGAUCCAGAGGCACGAGCACCACCAUCACCACGAGCACCACCACCAUCACCACCACCACCACUUUCACCCAUCCUAGCAUCCAAACAAGCACUUUGCUCCCAUGCCCUCGGGGACACAGCAGGUGCUGGCAUGAGCCCAGUAGAGUACAGCAUCUCCUGGCCCAACACCAGUUACAGAUGGCAAGUUGGCACCAGGGAGAUUGUACCAGGCUGGAUAUUCAUGGACAAAGCCACCUUUCUCCAUUCCAUUUGGAUACUAGUACAUUUAAUGGCAGCUGACAGUUCUCAGUAACACGUGCUUCUGUGUGAUCCAGAAAGCCCAUACGCGAGGGCAAAAAAACCCAUCUGCUCUUACUUUUGCUGCACAGCGUCGUCCUGGGAUGUUUGAGAGACUGUGCCUAGACAUGGUUUGUAUCCUCGUGGUUCUUUGACCUUUGGGUGCCUUGAGUUCCUGGCACAAGGCCAGGAGUGAAUGGAGAAGGCAAAGCUUUCUGUGAGGUUUAUUCACUGUAAAGUCAGUGGGCUGGGCCUAGAAAGUAGUUGUUCUCCAGCAUGCCAUGUCCUUAGUUUCCCCCUAUUUCAAGCAGAGUGGAGGGGCCAUGAGUGAGCAGAGGGACAGAGUGAUGUUCAGUCAGUGGGUAGCAGGAAGGCUUCCAGCAUCCUAAGUGGAUGAGGAUGAGACCCAGACAGAUUUCGAUGGGUUGGAUCAGGUAUCACGCCAGGGGCCCGUCCAGGCUGUGCUCAUUUUGCAGCAGAGCCAAGUGACACUUAAGUGUCCCUCUAUAAGGGCUACAAGGGUGUGGGAACCUCAACAAGACAUGCUCUUCACGGUUCCACCAAGAGGAACUUUUUAACCUCUUGUGAGCGUGUGCAGAUGGCAUUUUUUUUGUCUUCUCAGCGUUAAAAACAAACAAACAAACUGCAUUCUAUAAUGUGCCGUACCCUGAAUUAAAACACUUUUCUGAGAGCUUCGGUGAGUCUACCUACACCUUGUAGCCACAGGUGAUGGUGACAGGUACAUAUUAUGGAGGGUGAGGGCUGUGGAUUCCUCUUGGCUUAUGCUGGUUGAGGCACACAACUCCAUUGUAAAUCAGAACUCUAAACCCAAGACCACUCCAUGUUCACAGGACCACUAGGCCCACAGGGGCUACAUGGGCCAGGGCUUAUUCAGACUUUAGAGAAGCAACACAACUUUAUGCCUGCUCUAAGGAAUUCCUGAAGCUAUGGAUGUGAUGUCUCCUCUGACCUGACCUUACAUACACAGGGAGACCUAGGCUUAUCAGCUUUCUGACAGCUAUUGCUGGUCCCUUUACAGUUAGAAAUGGCCCCGAACACCAAAAUGACUAGAGCGUGGCCUUUUCCUUACAGGACUAAAGUUCUCCCCUCUCCCCAUCAUGGAUGUAGGGAAGGUACAUGGAUGGCAAAGCUCAAUCACCCACACAGCAGAGGGAGUAGACAGGAGUAAGCUUGGCCACCCAGCUUUUCUCUCAGUGUGCAGCAUUCCUAUGCUAGGCUUGUGUUACAAGGGCCUGCCAGGCCUUGAGAGACAUUGUGCAGGAUAUCCCUAAUGACACCUUGGGCCAUGGUUCAGCCGAGCACCUAGUGGGGGGGAGUCUGCCAGAUCUGAGCAUUGGCUUCCUGUUGUAAAAAUUCAGGGCAGGUGGAAGUCCUAACAAGCUCAUGGCAGGGCUGAGCUCCUGCAACUAUGAGAAUGUUAAGCAGAGGAGUCUGCACCACUCCCUCCUAGGGACCAAGCCUCAGCAGGGUCCUUAGCGCCAGCGCCAAAUGUGUGAGGCUCAGAGGGAUGGAAAGCAUGAAUGAAAGAAAAAACAAAAGCCCCAAAUCAUUGAAGUUGGAUGUGGCAGCGAAUACUUGUGCAAGGCUACGUCAAGAGCUACAAUUUAAGACCAGCUGGAACAAUCUAGUGAGACUACCUCCUCCACCCCACCCCCCCAAAUUGCCUGCAUUCUCCAACAGUCAGCCACUCUAGACACGGCCACUAGUGCGCACACACACGAGAACAGUGGGUCUGCUGAGGUGCAGUAUCUUGGCCUGGGUUGACUCAGGGACUCCAGGACCACCUAGAAGUCAAAUUGCAAUGUGGAGAUGGAGGUAAGAAGGCCAGAGGCUCUGACGCUUAGUCUACUCUGCUGGAUCCCAGGAAGCAGUCUCUGUGGCAGUUAGUAGUAGCUGGCAACAGAAGAGGCUGGCCACUGUGAGGGAAACAGCCUUGUCUGUGUACACAGAGGUUGUGGCUACUGUGUGUUCCUGGAACUGAACCUGAUCUUUGUACAUUCCCAAAUAAAAACCAUCAAGGGAA